AUGCCUAGCUCUUGCAAAGAACUGCGUAAGCCUCACAACAGAUCUCGCUUGGAAGAACAAGAAACUAACUCCGUCGCAGGCGAGGCACUCGCGCAAUGCCUCCAAGAAUCCGACUGCGUCAUGGUACAUCGCAACUCCGCCUCCGACUGCCUCCGCGAACCCCUCGUCAACACCCUCCCCACCAAGUGCCAGCAACUCAAGAAGGGCUUCGGCGAAUGCAAGCGCGGCAUGGUCGACAUGCGCAAGCGCUUCCGCGGCAACAUGCCCGUCAACUACAAGACGAUGAACGACGCCGAGGCCGGCAAGGGCUACCAGCUGUAUGCCGGACGCCCCGCGUUUGCCGGCGGAAGGGGCGAGACGGACGGUAACGAGAAGGCGCCGAGGGACUGGAGGGAGGUCGAGAACGAGAAAUACCGCGCCGAGCAGGCCGCGGCGGCGGCAGCGGCGGAGAAGAAGUGA